CGGUGCCGGGUGUGUGUCGGCGCCUGCCGCCAGCUGCAGCCAGAGGUGCCGAGCGCAGCCGAGCCCCGGCCCCAGCUGCAGCGGACGGACCGCGCCGGACCGGACCGGACCGGACCGAGCCGAGCCGAGCCGGCGGCCGGCAGCCCGCGCAGAGCAUGGCCGAGCCGCCGGCGGCGCCGGGCCCCGAGGGCGAGGAGGGCCCGGUGCGCUUCGCCCGCAAGGGCGCCCUGCGACAGAAGAACGUGCACGAGGUGAAGAACCACAAGUUCACGGCGCGGUUCUUCAAGCAGCCCACCUUCUGCAGCCACUGCACCGACUUCAUCUGGGGCUUCGGCAAGCAGGGCUUCCAGUGUCAAGUUUGCUGCUUCGUCGUGCACAAGCGGUGCCAUGAGUUCGUUACCUUCUCCUGCCCCGGUGCUGAUAAAGGUCCUGCCUCGGAUGAUCCCCGGAGCAAACACAAAUUUAAAAUCCACACAUACUCCAGCCCCACCUUUUGUGACCACUGCGGGUCGUUGCUGUACGGGCUCAUUCACCAGGGGAUGAAAUGUGACACCUGUAUGAUGAAUGUGCACAAGCGCUGCGUGAUGAACGUCCCCAGUCUGUGUGGGACGGACCACACCGAGCGUCGGGGACGGAUAUACAUCAGGGCUGACAUUGAGAAGGAUGUGCUCACCGUUGUAGUAAGAGAUGCUAAAAACCUAGUUCCUAUGGAUCCUAAUGGCCUGUCAGAUCCCUACGUGAAGCUUAAACUAAUCCCCGACCCCAAAAAUGAAAGCAAACAGAAGACCAAAACUAUCAAGUGCUCCCUGAAUCCUGAGUGGAACGAAACAUUUAAAUUCCAACUGAAAGAGGCGGACAAAGACAGGCGGUUGUCUGUGGAGAUUUGGGACUGGGAUCUGACCAGCAGGAACGAUUUCAUGGGCUCCUUGUCCUUCGGGAUUUCUGAGCUGCAGAAGUCGGGAGUCGAUGGAUGGUUUAAGCUGCUGAGCCAGGAGGAGGGGGAGUAUUUCAACGUCCCGGUGCCUCCUGAGGGAGAAGAAGGAAAUGAGGAACUGAGGCAGAAGUUUGAGAGAGCCAAGAUUGGAACAGGGUCCAAGGCUGCGGAUGAGAAGACAACAAAUGCCAUUUCUAAAUUCGACAACAACGGGAGCAGAGAUCGGAUGAAACUUUCGGAUUUCAAUUUCCUGAUGGUGCUGGGAAAAGGAAGCUUUGGGAAGGUGAUGCUGGCGGAGAGGAAGGGCACGGACGAGCUCUACGCCGUUAAGAUCUUGAAAAAGGAUGUCGUUAUCCAGGACGAUGACGUAGAGUGCACAAUGGUUGAAAAACGCGUCCUGGCUCUCUCCGGGAAGCCUCCGUUCCUGACCCAGCUCCACUCCUGCUUUCAGACGAUGGAUCGCUUGUAUUUCGUGAUGGAAUACGUGAACGGUGGGGACUUAAUGUACCAGAUCCAGCAGGUUGGGAGGUUUAAAGAGCCACAUGCUGUAUUCUACGCAGCAGAAAUAGCCAUCGGCCUCUUCUUCCUGCAGAGCAAAGGCAUCAUUUAUCGAGACCUAAAGCUGGACAACGUGAUGCUGGAUAGCGAGGGGCACAUAAAGAUCGCAGACUUUGGCAUGUGCAAGGAGAACAUCUGGGACGGGGUGACUACCAAGACCUUCUGCGGCACUCCAGACUACAUUGCACCUGAGAUAAUUGCUUAUCAGCCCUAUGGGAAGUCCGUGGAUUGGUGGGCAUUUGGAGUCCUGCUCUAUGAAAUGUUAGCUGGCCAGGCUCCCUUUGAGGGAGAAGAUGAAGACGAGCUCUUCCAGUCCAUCAUGGAGCACAAUGUAGCCUACCCCAAGUCCAUGUCCAAGGAGGCAGUUGCAAUCUGCAAAGGGCUGAUGACCAAGCACCCUGCCAAGCGACUGGGAUGUGGGCCAGAAGGGGAGCGGGACAUCAAGGAGCACGCCUUCUUCCGCUACAUCGACUGGGAUAAGCUGGAGCGCAAGGAGAUCCAGCCUCCCUUCAAGCCAAAGGCUAAAGACAAACGAGACACUUCCAACUUCGACAAAGAGUUCACCCGGCAGCCGGUGGAGCUCACGCCCACGGACAAACUCUUCAUCAUGAACUUGGACCAGAACGAGUUUGCUGGAUUCUCCUACACUAACCCCGAGUUUGUCAUUAACGUGUAGUCGCGGCGCAGCCGCCGCCCUCCCUCUCCUCGCAGUCCGAAACUCCAGAUCGCCUUGUACAUACCGACACUAGUCUUCCGGGAUUAGCAGUGCAGACAUACAUACCCUCAUGCGAAACACGCCGACCACUUGUUUUAGGAGGCCUUCCUAUGUCUGUGUCACUUGCUAGCUUGGUUUCCCUAGCUGGAGAUGUUUGGGGUUCGAGUUAACAGUCAGUAAUGCUUCUAGGAACUAUAGUUGGUGGUGACUAAUAGAGUUUUUAAACAGAAAUAUACCAAAUUGCUACAGUCUUUGUAAUUUUUGAAAUCGGAUGCUGAGAUUUCCAGUGACCCUAGCUACUCACAAAUCGUUUCUGUUGAAUGCUAAGCAUGGUUGAUAUCUUAAACCGUUGUGCUGAAGCUUGCGAUGACUGUGAGCUUGUCUUAGAGGAGCCUUUUGUUCGAGACAUGGAUACAUUUGAUCAGUGUGGAAAAGUCUGCUUAUAGACACAUAUUUUUCAAUGCAUUGUAUAUACCGUCAGCCUGGCUCACCGAAGCCGUCUUCCUCCCUCGCCUCCCGCAAGCCUGCACCUCGCCAUACGGCCUUUCCUACACUCAGGCAUUAAGACUCCAAACGAAUUCCAUGCCAGUUCUUGUAAAUCAGAGCAAAUCUUUUUCUAAGUGAAAGGUGGGAUUUUUUUUUUUUUUUUAACAUCUGGAACAGUUUGCAGUUUUGAUACACUCUGUCAGUACUCUCAUAAAUCUUUCUCCUGUUUUUUUCACAGACACUGUCAAAAUUUAACAGCUCUGUAAAGGAUAUUAAUAUUCUACCAAAACAAAACACAUUUAUAUUCUCGGUUUACAACUUACCAACUGAAAAUACGCCCGCUACAAAAGGGCUGUACUGAGGGCUAUUUAUAAAGGUAACUUUUCUACUUUACACCCUCUGCUAUUAUCUUAAAGGCUCAAACCCCAUGAAUUUUACAGACAUCUUGAUUCACCUGAUUUCAGCCAAAAUUCCUGGGGGUUUUAUUCAAUAAUCCAGGACCUUCUGCAUCGUUUCAAAAAUUCUGAAUCAGAAGAGACAAUUCCAGCAGCUGUUUGUAAGGCAGAGCUGGCAGGGAGGGCAGGGGCGGGCAGGGGCGGGCAGGAGCUGCCCGUUGGUGGCAAGUCUCGCUCGCUGUUGGGUUCGCAGCAGGGUGAGCCCCGAGUUUGAGCAUCCUUUGAGUCACUGGCUGUUAUUCCUCUCUUACUACACACCGGUUUGAUUGGUUUGCAACAAAACCCCAAGCCCCAUAUGUAUAUUUUCUGAAC